AUGUCCUCGUCCUCCAUGUCCUCACGAUUGGCCGUCUUGCCCCUGCUGGCAUGGGCCGGUGCAGCCGCCGUGUCGCCCGACAGCAUGGACAUUCGAACCUGUGCACCGCGGAUCCCGGCGCCGCUGCAGCGCCACGGGCGGUUUCUCUGCCCAUCGGCCCUGGACGAAGCGACAGCGAGAGCAAGUGGGCCGUCGUCCUGGUCGCCAUGGACGCACCUGCCCGUGUGCGCGCGAGCGAGCCAGGAGGGGGAUGAGGAGGAGGAGGAGGACGACGACGACGACGAGAUGGAAGAUGACGACGGCGACGACGAAGACGGGAAUGGCGACGACGCACCCACCCAAUUCUGUGUCUACACCAACCACCGGCACGGCAUCGGCGGCCUCAGCAUCGUGACAACGCCCGAGACGGCGGCCGCGAGCAUGGCCGUCUGGGACGAGGCGCUGCCGGCACCGCCGGAACUGGCGCGGAACGCGUCGCUAGCCUACACCGUGGUCGACGUGCCGGGCCGCGGCAAGGGCGUCGUGGCCACGCGGCGCAUCCGGCAGUACGAGGCGUUCAUGGUCGACUAUGCGGCGCUGGCCGUGGACCUGCGGGUGGCCGGCGGGGCGGUGCCGCGCGACGAGGGCUACCGGCUGCUGGGCACGGCGGCGGGCCAGGUCAGCGACCCGGCGCGGGUGCUGGGGCUGGCGCAGACCAACACGGUCGCGCGCCACCCGGUCGAGAACGUGCUGCGGUCGAAUGCGUUCCACACGGCGCUGGGCGCCAACGCCGACGACCACAUGGCGCUGUACCCGGACCUGGCCCGGAUCAACCAUGCAUGCAUGCCCAAUGCCUUUGCCCGUUUCUUGCCGCACAGCCUGGCCGUCACCGUGGCCGCGGCGCGCGACAUUGCCCCGGGCGAGGAAAUCACCGUCAGCUGUAGGUCCGCCCAUCCUGUAUCGCAGAGAAUCGAGGAAGACAACAAGUCAACCACAAAAGGAAGACAACUAACGCCUGCAGACAUCCCCCUCGGCCAGACCCGGGCGGCCCGCCAACAGGCGCUGCUCCGCUGGAACUUUGUCUGCCAAUGCCCCCUCUGCGCGGCCGCACCCGCCGACGUGGACGCCUCCGACGCCCGCCGCAUCCGCAUCGACGAGCAGCGGGCCAGCGUCGAGCAGGCCGUGGCGCGGCGACACAGCAGCUCGCGCGCCGCCAAGCUGGCCGCCCUCGAGACGAUCCGCGACCUGUUCCCGCGGCUGCAGGAGGAAGAGGUGUUUACGGCCUACGGCGAGCAGUACGCCAACAUUGGGCGGCUGUACUGGGCGCUGGGCGACCGCAGCCAGGCGCAGUUUUACGCGCAGCGGUCGCUGGACACGCUGGCCGACCAGGGGUUUCUGGGGGCGGCGGACCGGGACAAGGUGCAUCUGUUGAUGAGGACGUUCUAG